UUCUGUUCGAAUUGUGACUGUUAAAGUCGAGUUUGUGAGUCAAACGAACCCCCCUUUGGAAAUUCCUGGCUACGGGCCUGAUACUUACUGAGUAGGACUGAGUAGAUAUAACCGGGAAAUUGUCUUGUCGUAUUUAUAGACCAGGUGUUAUAAUGAACUAAAAAUAGAAAUGACAGGUCGUGGCUUAGAACUUCCAUGAUUUGUGACGUGGACUGAUACAUGUCAGUCGCCUUUUGCUUUUAAACGGUCGAAUUUCAUUUUAAGAAGCACACGAAUAGUCCAGUAAUGAAGACAUUAUUAAGGUUUGGUUUGGUGGCUGACCUCCAGUAUGCCAAUAUUGAUGAUGCAUAUAAUUGGAAUAAAACCAAGAAACGUUUUUACAGAUCAGCAAUUAGUCUUCUGGGGAAGGCCAUGAAGGACUGGAAACAAAAUGACGCCAAAUUUAUUCUUCAGCUUGGUGAUUUAGUUGAUGGAUUCUGUAAACGGACAGAAGAACCAAUCGAUUGUCUAAAUCGUAUUUUAGACAUAUUUGACCAGGAACAAUGGCCGGUUUUAAAUGUUGUUGGUAACCAUGAGUUAUACAAUUUUGAAAAAGACAGUUUAUACAAAUCUAGGUUGUUCAAAAAUCUGCCAUCUUCCAACAAAGCAUAUUAUACAUUAUCUCCAUAUCAAGGACUUAAAAUCUGUGUCUUGAACACUUAUGAAAUAUCAGUUCUCGGUGAAUUAGAGGGUACAGAAACUUAUAAUGUAGCUCACUCAUUUUUGGCGGAAAGAAAUCCGAACAAAGAUAAAAAUGACCCAUCAGGUCUGGAAUCUGUUGACAGACGAUUUGUACGUUUUAAUGGAGCAGUUUCAAAAGAGCAGUUGGAAUGGUUGUCAAAAGAGCUGAUCUUGGCUACCAAACUAAAAGAAAAUGUUAUUGUCAUUGGCCACAAUCCAAUUUAUUUACCUGCCACAGACAGUGCCUGUUUAUGUUGGAACUAUAGUGAAAUAUUAGACAUUCUGUCAGAAAACUCAGUGGUCUGUUAUAUCAGCGGCCACGAUCAUGAUGGCGGUUAUUCAGUCGAUCAGAACGGGAUACACCAUAUAACAAUGCCAGGAGCUAUAGAACACCCAGGCUCUUACGCUGUUGGCAACUUGUUAGAGGAUUCAUUGGUUAUUCAAGGAAGGGGAGAUAUGUUUGAAGUGAAUUGUCCGUUAAGAUUUAAAUUGAAAUGUUGACAGAUAUGGUUUUUAUUCUAAUUUAUUUUUAAUGUAUUGUCUAUUGUCAUUUUAAUAUAAUUAGAUUAAACUGGCAUAAUUUAACGAUUAAUAGUCAUUUAUACAAUGGCAGCUUAAAAACUAUUGCAGAUGUGUCAAACUGAAAUGGGUAUAUUUUAUUGUUGUCAGUUUUUACUUUUUAAAAGUGCAAACAGAUUUAGUGUUUGGUAUUCCUUGUAUCAUAAUCCUGAAGUUUAAUAUUGUUUUCAGUUGUGUUUAUAUUUGAAUAAAAUAAUUUCUUCAUCCA